AUGGCUCCUUCUCUCAAAUCUGCUGUAGCACUGAUACAACAGUUUAUUGAUCGUUCCGCCAGCUUGAAAGACCUUGAGAACUUUGUCAAAGCCGCCAAAGACAAAGACGCCCGCCAAGUGAAACUUCCAUCGCUUCAAAUAUCAUCACUCCACCUUUCUGACGUUCAAACUAUGUUUGAUCUCAGACUCGUGACUGAUGAUGAGGAACUGUGGAUUGUACCCCCGGUGACCAUGCCAACAGAACUCAUGAGCAUACUUCGCAGAAUCCAGAAUGCCGUUGCUCGCAGCCCUGCAAAUGAGGCGAUCGUUCGCAUGACAAUCGAUUCCCUCCUUAUCUUUGCACACGAGAUCGCAGCCGCUUCGCUCAGCGACCAACAAGUCAACACUAUCAGCAUCCAAGCCGAAAAGACGUGGAAGUAUACCUCUGUGAAGCACAGAGGUAAGGAAUAUGUGCUCUUGGGCCGCCCUGAUUAUGGGGCAUGGUAUGGCGACCCGCAGCAUGAUGCCUUGAACCUCGUUGUGGUCGGGGCUAAGCGUGCGGACGCGUCCUCUAAUGGCCUGCCCCAAGCGCUCGCAUAUAUGGCUUGCGUGCAUAAAAAAAGACUUGAAGCAGAAAAACUCCAUUGUCGUGUUCAUGGUGUGUCCGUGGAUUCGCAGGGCUUUCAUUUCCUCAAGAUCAAUGAUGACGGCACAUGGAGUCAACGGUUUGUGCUUGUCUGGUCUUAUGAGUACGAGCAAGUCCUUGGCCUUCUUGUUCACAUGUUCAAGCAGGCUGCCAAGAUGUCACCCACGUCUUCGAAGCGAUCCUCACGUCACAGGCAAGAGCACUCUAGCGAGUCAGACUUGUCCUUUAAUGCGGAUGCAGAUAUGGAGGAUGCUUGA